AUGAAAACAUCUGGCAAGCUGGAAGCAAAUUUCGAGAGUGAGCCAUACACUGUGCAGACUAAGGAAGGUAGUGAGGUGACUGUUAGCUCCAAGGAUGGUGUGGAAUAUAGGCGGAACAGUGCAUUGGUUAAGCGGUACAACCCACCAGGGGAAUUACCAGAAACCACAGAGGCCAUUUCUCAAGAAACACCCAAUACCCUUCCACUGGAGGAGAGUAUAGUGACAUCAAGACCAAGGCGGACUGUCAGAAUGCCGGAGAAGUACAAGGAUUAUGUACUUUAUGAACUGAACUCUGUUGACACGUUGGACUUAUGUUGA